AUGGGCGCUGCUGGACGUGCGCGGCGAAUCUGGCCUCUGCUGCUGCUGCUGCUGUCGGCGGCGACCGUCGGGGCGGGGCCGGCGGCGCACCUGGUGGACUACCUGCCGGGGCUGGCCAAGCAGCCCGCCUUCAGGCACUACUCAGGCUACCUGGACGUGGAGCCAGACAAGCACCUGCACUACUGGUUCGUGGAGGCGCAGGGCGGCAGCGCGGCGGACAAGCCCCUGGUGCUCUGGCUGAACGGCGGGCCCGGCUGCAGCUCCGUCACCGGCCUGCUGACCGAGCACGGGCCCUUCACGAUUCAGGAGGAUGGGGCCACCCUGCAAUACAACGACUAUGCCUGGAAUAAGCUGGCCCACAUUCUGUACCUGGAGUCCCCGAUCGGCGUUGGCUACUCCUACUCGGAGGGCAAAGACUACCAGACCAACGAUACCGAGGUGGCCCGCGUGAACUACCUGGCCCUGAAGCAGUUCCUGCGCCUCUUCCCGGAACACUGCGGCAGGGACCUCUACCUCACUGGCGAGAGCUACGGCGGCAUCUACAUCCCCACCCUGGCAGUGUGGGUCAUGCAGGACCCCAGCCUCAACUUGAAGGGAGUCGCGGUGGGCAAUGGGCUGUCCUGCUACGAGACGAACGACAACUCCUUGGUGUAUUUUGCCUACUACCACGGCCUCCUCGGCGCCAGGCUGUGGACAGACCUGCAGAACUUCUGCUGCUCCGAGGGGAAGUGCAACUUCCACGAGAGCUCCAAUUUGAACUGCACGCUUGCUAUGGUUGACGUGAUCCACAUCGUGGACGAAUCGGGCCUCAACAUCUACAACCUCUAUGCCCCGUGUGCCGGUGGAGUUCCCGGGAGCUACAGGUACCACGAUGGAAAGCUGCUCACCCACGAUCUGGGCAACAACUUCAUAAGGCAGUCGGUUCGUGUCUCUUGGAGGCAGAACCUGCUCUCGUUGCCUGUAGGCAAGAAGGGUGUGCGGCUAGACCCUCCCUGCACCAACACCACAGCCCCCUCCAACUACAUGAAUGACCCGCAGGUGCGCAAGGCCCUGCACAUUGUUGACGAUGCCCCCGAGUGGGAGAUGUGCAGCUUCGAGGUGAGCCGGGGCUACAAGCGCAUCUUCAGCAAGAUGAACGACCAGUACUUGAAGCUGCUGGGCACCAUGAAAUACCGGAUCCUGCUGUAUAACGGGGACGUGGACAUGGCCUGCAACUUCCUGGGCGACGAGUGGUUUGUGAACUCCUUGGACCAGAAGGUGGAAGUUAGUCGGCGGCCCUGGAUCUACACGGACGAGAACGGGCAGGAUCAGAUCGGAGGCUUCGUGAAAGAGUUCACUAACAUUUCCUUCCUCACUGUCAAGGGCGCAGGCCACAUGGUGCCCACAGACAAGCCGCGAGCCGCCUUCAACAUGUUCGACCGCUUCAUCAACAAGAAGCCCUUCUAGCGCAGGGGCCGCUGCGUAUCCU